UGUACCAUUAAAUCCGCUAUAAAUAUUCGCUUAAGAGUAUUGAAGACCAUUAUUGAGAUAUUCUUUGAAACGGCAAGAUGAAUUAUUUAAGUAUUUGCUGCGUUUUAUUCGCAUUGUUUUUAUCCUAUGUAUGUGCUGUACCUCCGGCCAGAAAACCAUUGGAUUGUCCAGCAAAUGAAAUAUAUAAAGAAUGUUCUCUAGAAGUUUGUUACAAAACUUGUGAACACCUCAAAAACCCUCCGCCAUGUCCAUCGAUUGCUGCCGGUUGUUAUUUACCGUCGUGCGAAUGCAAAGAUGAUUACUUGAGAAAUGAAAACGGUGUUUGCGUACCAUACAAGGAAUGCUCAAUUUGAUGGACAACUGCAUAUGAAACUUGCGACGGAUAUUGGACCGAGGAAAGAAACCUUCAUUCAUAAAUAUCUCUAUUCUCUAUGUAUUGAAAUUGUAAUAAAGAAGUUAUCUUAAAAUUA